AUGGCGGAGCUUCAGCGAUCUGUGCAAACGUUCAGGAGAUCAGGCUCCUCCGGGCUGCAGUGGGGGGAGACCUCCCUCGCCGGAGACAAGCUCGGCAAGGAAGGAGGCGGCGGGGAAGCUGAGCUCCGCCGAUCACGAAGCGUCGGAACGUCCAGCGGUACUGCCGACUCCUCCCGGCGAUGCCGAGAGCGUGACCAUGACGGCGAGAAGCAACCAGCCUUCCGUACGCGCGGACCCAUUUCGCCGGCCGAGGACCCGCCGUCGCCGGGGGUAGGCGGGUGCGUCCUCUGCGUGAUCUUCGCCAAGCCCAGCAAGAGGAAGCAACCGAGCAACCCGAGGAGGCGCUAA